UCCUUGAGCAAUGGGCAUGCGAAAAUACCCAAUACUGAAGAGCUUCCUUUGCCUAUGCGCAUCCCGCUGCUUAGUAAGUUUGUGCUCUGUGACGUGUGUAGUUAUCUGCCAUGAUCUCUGGGCCGCCAUUGGAUAACCAGAUAGACUGCAAGUGGAGAUAUAUAAUUUACCAGGCUGCUGCUCUAUCACCAAACGAACCUGCUCCUCGUCACUCCACAUCAGCAAAGCAACCACACUGUUGUGCCACAACUGCCAAGGAAGAUGCACAAAUUUUGCUGCUGGCAGAUGGUGAAGAACCCCCAAAAAAUGUUAUGGAGAUGAUAAGUUGGUGACUCCAACUAGAUGCAUCAAUGACUAUGAUAAGAAAGCGUAUCUAGGAUGCUGGCAUCCACUGCAGGGUUCCAGCAAAGAGGCUCAUUGGGACAUACAACUGCAGUUUACUCAGCUGCACAAAAAUCAAGUUCUUGGCUUUUUUUUUGGUCAACUGUUGUUUUCAUGGACAAGAAAAUGUUAUGCUCUUCAGACCAUGACCAGGUGCAAUUCUGGAGGAGAAACAACACAAGAUUCAACCAAAGAAACAUUUGUGAGGAGACAAGGAGCAACCAUGUCACCUGCAAUAUAUUUGGUCAUAUUACAAUUCACGAUAAUGGCAACUUCAUGCAUAUGAAGUUACUGCAACAGCAACAAGACAUUGUGGUUCACCCAACACUUAUUGAAGAUUGUGAAAUAUGAAAUAUUCCUUCUAUUGUCUCAAUAAGUUUUAUGAACCACAAGGAUGCAUUUUGUAGUUUGUGAUGAAUUCCAGUGAAUUUUUGGCAGGAUCUGUGUGGCAUUUCUUGCAUGCCAAGCUUGCUCUUCAGUCAGUUAGAAGUCUGAUUCCACUACAAUUUUGAGGUUGGACACGACACUGGCAGUCCCUUGUAAUUACCCUUGUGUUGUUAUAAUAUACGGCACCUUUUGCAUUAUGUGGUUUCCUUGGCACCUUGAGCACACCAUAAACAAGUUAUAUAUACUAGUACAAUCUCAAUGAUAGAAUAUUGUGUAAUAUCUGAGAUAUCACUUGUUGUUCCACUCAGUCUUGUUAACAUAAUGGAGUUUCAUGAUGAUGAAUUACUGCAGUUAAUGAAGAAUGAGUUUUAUGAUCACUUAUCAAUAAUUUAUCUAUGAUUAAUUUAUCAUAAUAUAUUUUUAAUAUUUAUAAUCAUUACAUUCGUUAACUUUUUUUCACAACUACAACUUUCAGUCUUAGCUCUUACAACAGCAUAAUCUACAGAUAAUGCCAAGACACACAUAUCCUGUCUUUUUGCUCUCUUGCAAACUGUGUGUGUGUGUGUGUAAUUCACUGUUUGAUCUGCUGCAGUCUCUGACGAGACAGCCAGACGUUACCCUACGGAACGAGCUCAGAGCUCAUUAUUUCCGAUCUUC